CUUACAAAAAGUCGAAUUGUGCUUUUGUUAUUCGUCAUUCAUCUAUCAACGUUACGAAACUUCAGGUGGCGUUAACUUUGCAGCUUCAGCCCGAUGAAUUCUUUCAGUACGCCUCUCAUACCACGUUCGCGAGGAUCGAGCUAACAUUAAUUCCCUUCGGAGAACCUGAAAGCAGAUUCGUCUGCGUUCGUAUUCGAAGUCUUGGUUAAAUAGCUGGUCGAAUAAAAAGAUAGUUGUCGUCGAAUAAAAAGAUAGUUGAUAGUUAAAAUGCGCGUACGCGUCGUGAACGCGUCGUCUCGAACGUGACACGACCUGACACGCGAAGAUGAAAAAUCCUCCGCGACGAAAGACGUUUUGAAGUUUCGCUGGCAUGCCGUGCGAACGUGCAACAUGGAUCCUUACGACCAGAACGAAGUCAAGGUUAAUCCUCAAAUAGGUUGGAGUACGCAGCAGCAGCAGAACUGUCAGCCGAUAGACACAGAUCUACAGCAGAGUCGAAUAGCGAGCCCAAAAGCGGAGCAAAAUUCUGCGGAGUUGUCCAAAAUGACGGAUCAACGGGAACAGCAGUCACAGCAACAACAGCAACAACAACACCAGCAACAACAUAUAAAGAGCAACGAAGAACCAAGGACAAACUUGAUCAUCAAUUACCUUCCGCAGAGCAUGACAGAGAAGGACCUGUACAGUUUAUUCGUAACCAUUGGACCGGUGGAAUCUUGUCGUGUCAUGAAAGACUACAAAACGGGGUACAGUUAUGGUUUCGGAUUUGUUAAUUACGCGAAAGCUGAGGAUGCAGCCACAGCUAUAAACACCUUGAACGGACUGCAGGUUCAGAACAAAAGGUUAAAAGUGUCCUUUGCGAGGCCAUCAGGAGAGGAGAUCAAGGAAACCAAUCUCUACGUUACGAAUUUACCAAGAAACAUAACGGAGAGCCAAAUCGAUGACAUAUUCAGCAAAUAUGGGAACAUCGUACAAAAGAACAUUUUAAAAGACAAACUCACAGGAUUGCCAAGGGGUGUGGCGUUUGUCAGAUUCGACAAGCGAGAGGAGGCGCAGGAGGCGAUCACGCGGUUGCAUGGCACGAUACCUGAAGGUGGAUCGGAGCCACUCAGUGUAAAAAUCGCGGAGGAACACGGAAAACAGAAGGCGGCGUACUACGCAGGGUGGCAAGCUGGUUACAACCAGAGUCGAGGUGGCAGUAGCGCCGUGAGCGGAGGAGGACGAGGCAGAGGGAUCAGCGGACCCCCGGGAAUGGGAAUGGGGAUCAGCGGAGGGGGACCAGGGAUGAUAGGCAGGGCCGGAGGAUUCGGGCCACGUGGCGGGCCCCACGGCAGCUUCCUCGGCGGCAGCGGCGGUCCGGGCGCCAUGAGAAUGGAGAAGAUCCACCCUCAUCGCUUUAACCCCAUAGGCAUGGGCGGUGGUUACGUCCAGUCGCACUUCUGGUGACCUAGCGUCGACCUGGCGACCAAGACAUCGGCUACGUACCUUUCUUCGUUUCAUCGGAGACAAACCAGCGGCGACUGUCGCUCGUAACUGCUGAGAACGUUACCUCGAGCGAUCGCGAAGUCUCCGGGCGUGAUACGCGGCCACUAGAGAGAUACUCGUCUCUGUACACAGGGUAUACGUCAGAGACGAUUGCUCGACGCUCGAACGACGAGGACAGACUGACUCGAAGUGUAAAUUAUUUCUUUUUCUGCACGCCACGAUGCAUAGUAUUUAAUAAUGUUUCUACGUGCCUGUACCAAAGCUCGCAACAAUUAGUAUUGCGCGUCGAGUGAUGGGCACUCGGUUCCCUCCCUAAGCUGUUAUCGCUUCGAAUCUUGUUGAAGGGCUCGAAGAGCCACGGUUUUAUCCUCGGAUACUGUGAAAGUUUUGAAACGUCGGAUGGGGAGUUCUUGGCGAGACGUUUAUGGUCACUUUUAAGCUCCUGCGAGAGUUAAAUGUUAUGUAGCUAUUGCGCCGUUUUAGGAGAAUGAGAAAGACCUUCAGAGGAAGACCUGGUCUUCCUUCCUUUCUUGAAACUUUGUACGCUGGUAGAUUUUGUCAUCUCGAUCAAGAAAAUAUAGCAUUGUAAGAACAGAGAUAUGAAGAUACAUUUUUCAAUUACUUACAAUCAAAGUUUCAUUGUUGAAACACAAAAGGGUUUCUGCUGUGUAAGCCAUUUAUGUAAGCCAUUGAACUAAUAAAAUGAAUAACAGAGAUGGGCGAAACCCUAUGCUUCGAAUAAAUCUGAAGUCUGCAGAUACAUUUGUCUCGUUUCCUCUUUUGAAAAUUUUCCAAAGAAGGAAACGAGACAAACAUACCAGCAAACUUUAGAUUUAUUCGAAGCCUAGGGUUUUGCCCAUCACUGAUAAAAAAUAACAGAAGGGUUUCGUAAAGCUAGAUUGGAAGGUGGAUUGUAGUGGAAUGGUAACGGAUGAAAGUUUUGUGGUGCUAGGGUUCGAUUCUCUGCGGAUGGAUUUAUUUCUUUUGUUUUUAAUUGGUCUUUCAAUUGGUUUUAAAAUAAUUUGAUUUUGUAUUUGAAGACGCGACUAGAAUAUUGCAGAAGAAACUGAUAAUUAGAUCUUUAUCCAAAAUAAAAUCUUGGCAAACACACCUACAAAAAUUAUACCUAAAUAGAAAUUUAUUUUACUUUGCAAAUACUAUAAUAUGAACUUUACCCUCAAUAUCUUUUACAUUCUUACACACAGUGUGCAUUUUGUAGUUUCUUGCACGUUCAAAGUCCCUAUAAAUGCAUAAAAAUCCACAAUCUGCUUAUAAUACACUAAAUUAACAAAGUUUAGGAAGAAGAAAAUUGCAUUAUAUAUAGGAUUAUUGCAAUUUAAGACGCAGAAAAUUGCAAUAAUGAAACUUUGAAUAAUGAAACAACACAAACAUCUAAAAAUUAAUCGACUAAAAAUCGCCUGUCUCUGUAACACUAUAUUUUCUUAAACAUGACUAUAUUUUCUUAAAAUCUACUGGUAUACAAAGUUUCAGAAAAAUGGGUGACUCGAAUGUCUUGCGCUCUUGUUAAUUGUAACACCGAUGUUCAGGUUGAGGUCUAGUCGAGGCCUUGAGACGUGGCAUAGUAAAGAUUGUAAGUGUCGAGGCAUUUAGGUCACUUGCAAGGAAUGGACAAUAUCUAAAUCAGCUUUAGCACAGCGGUAGAGCUUCAAAUGCUGAGUAUGGUAUACAAUUAUGUGCAGGUCUGGGUGCUUCAAGCUGAUGGUUAAGAGGAUAUUUAAGUCACUACAUUUGAAAGGGACUAGCUAGAAAAAUAUUGAGAGGGCCAGGGGAAAGGAAGGACAUUAUUUAUGUUAUCUGAGAGACUAAUUUUAAACAUCUUCAUCUGAAACUAUAUGUACAUAUAAUUAUAAUAUAUAUAGCUUUGGGUACCCUUGGUUAAUAGCUAAGAAGAUUUGAACCCUGAAAGGCAGUAGCUAACCAAAAAUUGAGAAUGGACAGGAAAAGAAAGGAAAUUAUUCAUGUUUUGAGAGCUAUGUUUGUUCGAAGAGACUAUGAUCUUAAAAAUUUUCAUCUAAAGCUGUAUGUAGGACUUAUUAUGUAGCUUUGGGUACCCUUGGUUAAUAGUUAGGAAGAUUUGAACCCUAAGAGACAGUAGCUGACCAAAAAUUAAGUCCGACAGGAAAAGACAAGAAAAUUAUUCAUGUUACUCAAGCUUCAUUUGCAAAGAUGUUAUUGUGCUCAACUUUUCAAGCUCUAUCACCCAUUGCAAAGGGCCACUUGAAUCACCUUCAAAGAAGUCUCCUUCGAAAGACUUGAAAGACUUGAAAGAAGUCUCCUUCGAUGGACUCCUUGAAAGAAGUCUCCUUCGAUGGACUCCUUCGAAAGAGUCCUCUAGUUACAGGCGCGCUAGAAAUACAAGAUAGCAUAAAGAUACCAAGUCUGUAUUAUAAAUAAUUGUCGUUACUGUAAGUUACUACACUUCUCUCUGUGGUCACCCGUUAAUGUAAGUUCCAUCGACGCUUCGAACGACCCCGGGCGUUUCAAGACUUUCGAGACACCUGCGGAAAUCUGUUGAUUGGAGAAUUUUGUAAACCACCGUAAAGAAUCCAAUGGUGUUCGAAGCGAUCGAAGCGCGCAUCUUAAAGCCCAUCACUACCGUCUCCGCGUCGCUUUCCAUUGUUAAUCGAUUUAACUCCCUCGUCUAGCUUUAAUAUCUCCGUUCCAAUCUGCGUUAAAUUAGCGGCGUUACGAUAAUUAAUGCUCGCCGAUUAAUCUUAAGGUACAAAUCCCUCGGCCACCGGGCCGCCGUUUAGGAUCGAACGUAGUCAGGGGCCACGGUGGCAAAGUCACGCGCUAAAUUCGCUUCGUUUCUUUUUAAAAUUCAAUUUUUUCCGUCUGCCAAGAGUGAGACUACUUUUUCUCCUGAACUCUUAACUCUUUUGACCCUGGGACACGCACGUCCCAGCGAAUAUUUCCGGAUGCCAUUGGGAAAAUUAAACUUGCUUUCCAUGUAAAGAAAACUGAACUUAUCGCGACCUUUGAUUUAUAGCCGAGCGUAGUUUAGUACAAUUUAAUUUCUAAAAGCGAGUAUAGACAGAAAAAGAGCUAGGACGAAAGGGUUAAAGAUCAGAGAUUGCGAAUAUUGUUCUCUCGUUCUUCUCGUUUUAAUUAUUCGUGUAACUUAUCGAGCGAAGAUCGGUGUUUAUGAUUGUACGACGUAAUAGUAAGUGUUUAAGUAUAGGAAGAAAAGUGUUCAGCGCCGAAAUGACAUAGUUAAGGGGUUACAGGACGCUGUAACGCGUUGCGAAGCUCCCUGCGGACCGAAAGUGCCAGACCAACAGGAAAAGACAAGAAAAUUAUUCAUGUUACUCAAGCUUCAUUUGCAAAGAUAUUAUUAUGCUCAACUUUUCAAGCUCUAUCGCCCAUUGCAAAGACCCACUUGAAUCACCUUCGAAGAAGCCUCCUUCGAAGGACUCCUUCAAAGAAGUCUCCUUCGAAGGACUCCUUCGAAGAAGUCUCCACAGGUUGCAAAGUCUUGCGCAAGGUACUUUUACAAAGAAGUACAGAUUGAAUGUAUUUAACUAUUCUUUAGAAAUCCAGCUCUAUGGAAAUUAGCUGUGCAUUCACAAGAGGUAGUUUCACCUUGUUAAAUCUCUCUACCAAUCUGCAAUGUUUAAUCAGAAUCAAGCAUGAAAGGCUAAACACUGUAAUAAAUUAAUUAGUUAAUUAAUUAAUUCACGCUGUAAUUCGCCACUGAUGGGUAAUCGAGAACUACCUGAAGCUAAGACGCGCGUUACCUUGCUUUAAUCCUCGUUAAUCGAUUCUCCUGGCGCUUUCGACCUGCGCGAAGACUAGUUGAAUUGUAUAGGGACGCGAAUAUCGUGGAACGAUUCAGGUUUUCGAUGUCCAAGUCCCCGAGUUCGCGAGAACGGCGCUUUAAGGGACGGGGACACGUUGAGAGCGGGAGCUGAGAGUUCUACGUGUUGUUGUACAUUUCCUUUUUAAUGGUUCUAACUUGAAACUUUAUCGAAUGUUUAACCGUUAAGCGUGAGAGCGAGUGACUGAGAGCGAGUGUGUAUAAGAGAAUUUUAUCGAAGUCAGCGUACAAGGAUACUGUGUUUCCCGACGCUUCGGACGGCGACGGGCCACGAUGGCUGCGGAAAUUGUUUGUAACCGAAUUCGCGAAUCUCGAGGGACCAUCAUUUGUCCCAGUUGAUCGUUCUGUGAAACAACAUUUUGUUAAAGCACUGAGAUUUAUAAGUCCGAGUAUACUUGACAGGUUUUCAAGAUUACUCAAGGUUUCUGAAAUUAAGAAGUACAGCUGGGGAAAGCAUUAACAGUUCUACGAAACAACAUUUUGUUGAAGUACGGAGAGUGAUAAGUCUGAGAAUACUUGACAGGUUUUCAAGAUUUCUCACGGUCUCUGAAAUUAAGAAUAGUGGUACAGCGGAGAAAAGCAUUAAUAUAAGUUUGAGAAUACUUGACAGGUUUUGAAAAUUACUCAAGGUCUCUGAAAUUAAGAAUAGUAGUACAGCGGGGAAAAGCAUUAACAGUUCUGCUAAACAAAAUUUUGUUAAAGCCCUGGGAUCGAUAAGUCUGAGAAUACUUGACAGGUUUUCAAGAAUACUCAAAGCUUUUGAAAUUAAGAAGUACAGCUGGGAAAAGCACGAACAGUUCUACGAAACAAAAUUUUGUUAAAGCACUGAGAUCAAUAAGUGCAAGUUAGUUAAGUUUUAAGUAGAAUAAGUUCACUUAUCGCUCGAGAAAGUCGUCCAUAGAGAUUUGUUUUAAUUAAUCUAUUUGCAUGCGAUGGAUUAAAUGUACGUUGUACCACGAUUGCUAGGACACCCUGUGUCUCUUUUCGGAUCAUCAUCAGUGUACUUAAGAGGGUAUACGUGUGUGACCCGAUCGGCCAUCGUAGCCCGCCGGCCCGUUACUUGUACAUAAAUCGGAAUGAGGAACACAUCAUAAUCGCGGCACGUCGUAGAAAAAUGAGACUGACUUUUUAUAGGGGACAAAUUUUAUGCGAACACACGCUGCCCCGUGUAUAAGCGGGAGUCGUAUGUAUCUAUCGUACUUUUUAAAACGGAAAGGAAAGAAUAUCGAAAUUGCCUUAUUAUUAUUAUUAAUAUAUAUACAGGGUGCGUCACCUGAGAUCUGUGUAUUAAAUAUCUCCUUUGUUUUCAAUGAUAUUAAGAUUUGUCUGUGUAAGAUUUUAUUUAAGGUUAUAUUUUCUAAGACUCCACGGUGAUCAAUGACUUUUUUAAAUGUAAUGAAGUAUUUUUAAUACGGUAGUCAUGGAGCUGAUGAAAAGACAAAGUCAAAGGUGUAUAAUAAGGUGACCUCGAGAGGAGUUGUUGUUAUAAGACCGAUGAGAUUUGUAACUAAAAUAUCUUCAUUGUUUUUAACGGUACAAAAAGAUGUCAUAGGAGAAAACUGUUUGUCUUUUGAUCAGCUAGAAGAAUACAAUAUUGGAAAUACCCUGUUCCAUUUUAGAGAACACUGAUGCCCUCGAGACACCUUUUGUGCAUGUGGUAAUAUUGUCUCCAGGAAAUUGAAGUGUUUCUGCCUGAACAUUCUUCCAUAUUAUCAAAAAUAACAGAGAUAUUUCAGGUACAAGUUUUAGGUGACUCACCCUGUAUAUAUACAGUCGGUCUCCAAAGUAUUCGUACUCUCUCCAUCGAUGAAGUUUCUCUAAAUUAAAUACCAGGUCUGAUGUUCCAAGAUGAAUGUUUCAUUAUAAGUAUAUGCACCUGUAAAGUCUAUUCAAUUACACGUUUAUAAUGAAACGUUCAUCUUGCAACAUCAAACCUGGUAUUUAAUUUACAAAAAUUUCUUCGACAGACACAGAGAGUACUGAUACCGACUAGCCUGACUGUAUAUAUACAUACAUAUAUAUUAUAUAUGUAUACAUAAGUCUCUAGGCAGCCGAGCCUAGCGAUUUCUUUUAUUAAAUUAAUUAAUUCGUAAUCGCGUUCGCCGCAAGACAAAUGUAUCGUUGUACUUUAAUCCCUUCGACGACGGAAAAUUCCGAUUGGCGAUCGCCCCCGACAGCGAUAUCCACCCGAUUCUAUUGUUAUCAUCGACGAGAGCGUCGUUCGUAUUUUCCUCAACGCGUAAUCAAUCGCGAGGUGUAUUGAUUAAUUUUCUCCUUUUUUUUUCUUUUUUUUUUUCUCUCGUUAACGUCAUUAUUCGUAUGAUCACACCCGAUAAUUCUAGUUAUAUAAGAAUCUAAUUAUUUAAGACGAAAUAAAUAUCUGCAAACGGA